GCGCGGGGCCGCGCGGGGAGCGCGGCGCAGGCGGAAGAAUGUCAGUGGCUGCUUACUGUGUAUUUUGCUACAGAAAAAUAGGAACUUCUGGUCCAGCCACAAAAAAGCAUCUACCCUGGAAUGAUAUCAGAAAAAUUGCAAAGGUAACUGGAUCACUUAUACUAGGAGGCUUUGUAUUCAUUACAUAUGAAGUCCUGUCCUUAAAUAAGUUACUGCAAAUUGAUACUCAAGCUCUACAUCAAGAAAAACUUAAAUCCUAUGUAUACGUACGUACAGCUUCUCUAAGUCCAAGUGAAUAUCAAGGGAUUACAUACAAAGCCAGAAAAGAAAUCCAUAAAGCAGUGAGGAGAAUUCUAGAAACAGAAGCUAAAAUCUUCCGGAGACCUUUUAAUGAACAAUUCAGUACCUUUGAUGGAGAAGAUCAUGAGUGUGCCUUAUGGCUUCUCUUAAAGAGAAGUCAGUCAGAAGACAAAGCAAUCCGACUGCAGGCUGUACAAGACCUGGCAAGCAACAGUCACUGGCAUGAUUAUCAGUAUGUCACAGUUGCUCAAACCUGUGAUCAAAGGACUGCUAUAGGUUUGGCUCGAUCCAAAGAUGUUGACCUUCGCUUUUUCUUGCCUCCACCACCAUUGCCAAAAAUAAAGACUGUAAGUACAGGAAAAGACUAUUCCAUAGAAGAUGAACUUCGCUUGUUAUUGGUAUCUUUACCUCAGACUGGUCUUGAUCCAUGUGUCCAGUACUUCACAUCCCUUGCAUUAAGUGAAAGUAGCCACACUCUUGCUGCACAAAUGGGAGGCUUAUGGUGUUUUGGAGGAAAUGGACUUCCAUAUUGUGAGACAUUGAGUAAAAUCCCUUCAGAGACAGUGGAACUCUUUUGCUUGCAGGCUUUGGUACAGCAUUCUAAGAAGCCUAGAAGAACGCCAAAUGGGUACUGAUAGUUGGGAUGGAUAAAGUGCAGCUUCCUGGUAAUCUUUUCACAUCUUCCAUAUACACAGAUAUUCUGACUUAUUCUGGAAUUUGUUAUAUUCUAGAUUUUCAGUUUAAGCAAGUUGUUACUGUACUCAUUCCAAACAGAUGUUGAAAGCCACAGGCUUGAGCAUAUCAGCAGUUCCAAAGCUACCCUGCAUAUUCAUCUGGACUAAAUUGUUGCCCUUAGGAUCAGUAAUGAUAACAGUACUAUUUGGAAUGUAAAAAUACUUUUUCAUUUUGAAGAGAAGGAAUUAUAACAAUUGUAUUUUGGGUGAUGGACAAGUGGCUCUGGUUUAGAUAGUGCUUUAGCAAAUGCAGACAAUAGACCUGUUCACACUCUUGAACUUGAGUUGAAGUUUGAUCAUGCCAAGUGGAGACCAUUUCAUCUCUCUCAGACAUGAAGGAGGCUAGAGAGGUGAUACUCAGCGAUUUUCAAGUUGUCAAUUCAUAGGAAUUACACAUUUUGCAUAUUAAAACAUUAUUUCCUCUUCAAAUAUAGCAUAAUAAAUUCUAGAUUAAUAUAAUUUCUAUGCAACCAGGGCUGUGUUAUACCUGCUUCUUAAAACUCCUUAAUUUAUGAAUUAACAGCGUCUAAAAAACCUUUUGCAGAACAUCUAUUUAUUGUCACUGUAAUUUAAUUUGUAAUGCCAGAUUCCUUCUCACUGUGAAAAAAUUGAAGCUAAAGGAGGCCUCCAGCUGCUGCAGAGGAUAUACCAGCUACGUAAAGAUUCAGCAAAGAUACAGAGGAACAUAAUCCGC